AUGGAGGAUGGCACCGCAGCCUCUAACAAAGUCUGGAAGAACAUGCAAGGAGUAGAAGAGGUUGUCGGAAGCUUCCAGAAAAGGCCAAGGCUGCAGAUGAGUGGGAAGUCACCCAAUGGACCUGGUGCUGAGCGCCAGGGAGGCCGACACCUGCAGCCCCACACCGACUCCGUCCGUCAGGGAGCGGCCUGCAGCCUGAGCCGGGCUCUGGGGGACGUGGCCUCCUCCGCACGUGCCAUCGCCUCGCCGAGCAGGAGGAAGAUGCGGCAGAGUAAGCAGGAAAUUCACAGGAGGUCCGCUCGGCUCCGCAACACCAAGUACAAGUCUGCUCCGGCUGCUGAGAAGAAGGUUUCCACUAAAGGAAAAGGGAGAAGACACAUUUUUAAAUUAAAAAACCCCAUCAAAGCGCCUGAGUCAGUUUCCACCAUAAUCACUGCAGAAUCAAUCUUCUAUAAGGGGGUAUAUUACCAAAUUGGAGAUGUUGUUUCUGUGAUUGAUGAGCAAGAUGGAAAAUCCUACUAUGCUCAGAUCCGGGGUUUUAUCCAGGACCAGUACUGUGAGAAGAGCGCAGCACUGACGUGGCUCAUCCCCACUCUUUCUAGCCCCACGGACCGAUUCGAUCCUGCAUCCUACAUCAUAGGACCAGAGGAGGAUCUUCCCAGGAAGAUGGAAUACUUGGAGUUUGUUUGUCAUGCACCCUCUGAAUAUUUCAAGUCACUUUCAUCACCAUUUCCCACAAUUCCCACCAGACCAGAAAAGGGCUAUAUAUGGACUCAUGUUGGACCUACUCCUGCAAUAACUAUUAAGGAAACAGUUGCCAACCAUUUGUAGUUUAAAAAGCCAAACUGGAUUUCCAGUUAUCAUCUAUUCAUAU